AUGCGACGAUUAUUUUGUUGUAAAAAAAGCAAAGCUGCAGCAUCAAAUCGAGUAAUAAAAAUUAAUGAUUCUAUAUACAAUACAUCGAAGAAAUUUCGAAAUAAUCGAAUUUCAACUACAAAAUAUAAUGUAAUAACAUUUCUACCAAAAAAUCUUUUUGAACAAUUUCGUCGACUUGCUAAUGUUUAUUUUGUAUUUCUUCUUAUUUUAUUAUACAUUCCACAAAUUAGUUCACUGCAACCAAUUAGUACUUUAUUUUCAUUAAUUUUCGUAUUGACAGUUACAGCAAUCAAAGAUGCUGUUGAUGAUAUCGCAAGGUAUCGAAGUGAUAAACAAAUAAAUAAUCGACGAACGGAAAUUUUAAUUAAUAAACAAUUGAUUGACAAAUAUUGGAGAGAAAUUCAAGUGGGAGAUAUAAUACGAAUUCAUAAUAAUGAUUUUAUUCCUGCUGAUAUGAUAUUAAUUUCAAGCAGUGAACCGAAUGGAUUAUGUUUAAUUGAAACUACUGAUUUGGAUGGUGAAUCGAAUCUAAAACCUCGACAAGCACUCAAAGAAACAGUUUAUCUUCAAGAUAAUUUAACAGAAUUAUCGAAUUUUAAUGCUGAGAUUGAAUGUGAACAACCUAACAAUAAUCUUCUUCGAUUUGAAGGUAAGUUAAUAUGGAAUAGUCAAACAUAUGCAUUAGGAAAUGAUAAUAUUCUAUUGCGUGGAACUCGACUAAGAAAUACACAGUGGGCUUUUGGAAUUGUUUGUUAUGCCGGUCAAGAUACAAAAUUAAUGCAAAAUAGUGGUAAACCAAAAUUUAAACGAACGAAAAUUGAUCAUUGGCUAAAUAAAAUUCUCAUAGGAAUUUUUAUUUUUUUAAUUUUAACCUGUUCUAUAUUGGCAAUUUGUAAUGGAUUUUGGGAAUAUAAUAGUGGUUCAAAAUUUCGUAUUUAUUUACCAUGGGAAUCGUAUGUUUCAUUAGAUUCACGGACUGGUGCUAUUCAAAUAGCUGCACUUAUAUUUUUUUCAUAUAUUAUAUUAUUAAAUACUGUCAUACCAUCAUCUCUUUAUAUCAGUAUAGAAAUUAUUCGUCUUUUUCAAGCGAAAUGGAUUGAUUGGGAUAAUCAAAUGUAUUAUGAACCAAAUAAUAGUCAAGCUCAAUCACAUACAGCAUCAUUAAGUGAAGAAUUAGGUCAAAUUGAAUAUAUUUUCUCUGAUAAAACAGGAACGUUAACUCAGAAUAUUAUGACAUUCAAAAAAUGUUCUAUUCGAGGUAAAUUAUAUGGAGAUAUAAUAAAUGAGAAUAGACACAAUACGCGAAUUACUACUGAAUUAGAAAAUAAUAAUUUUAUUUGGUAUGAUCAAAUAUUAAUUGAUGCAAUAGAAAAUAAUGAUAAUAAUGAGAUUAAUCAUUUUUUUACUUUAUUGGCAUUAUGUCAUACAGUUAUAAGUGAAGAAAAAAAUGGAAAAAUUAUUUAUCAAGCUCAAUCACCUGAUGAAAAUGCAUUAGUAACAGCUGCACGUUCAUUUGGUUUUGAAUUUCUUAGUCGUACACAAAGUAAUAUUACAGUUCGUUUUCGAAAUCAAACUGAAAUCUAUGAUCUAUUACACAUUCUCGAUUUCAAUAAUUAUCGAAAGCGUAUGUCUAUUAUAGUAAGAAAACAUGGUAAAAUCAUUUUAUAUUGCAAAGGUGCUGAUUCAACUAUCAAAGAAAGAUUAGAUCCAUUGGAGAAUGAUAUAAUGACAUUAACUGAUGAACAUUUACAUAAAGUAGCUAGUGAAGGUUUACGUACAUUAUGUUUAGCUUGGAAAGAAUUAAAUGAAAAAGAUUAUAAAAAAUGGGCAAAUAAAUUGAAAAACGCAACUACAAGUAUGCAACAACGUGAAGAACAAAUGAAUGACUUAUAUGAAGAAAUUGAAAUAAAUAUGAAAUUACUUGGUAUGACUGCUAUUGAAGAUAAACUUCAAGAUGGUGUACCAGAAUGUAUUGAAAAAUUAACACAAGCUGGUAUAAAUAUUUGGAUGUUAACUGGAGAUAAAAUUGAAACUGCCGAAAAUGUUGGUUUUUCUUGUCGACUUUUAAAAAACAAUAUGAUAAUAAAAAGAAUUGAUGAAGAAACACAAGCAGAUGUAACAUUUGCAUUAAACAAAUUUCGAAAUGAAUUAAUUGAAAAAAUCGAACAAUUAUAUAAUAUUCAUAUCGACGAUCGAAAUAAACGACUUCAGUGGAAGAAUUUCAAUAUUCCCCUACAAAAAAUAAAUUCCGAACAUCAUUUUCAAGGCUUUAGUUUAUUAAUAACUGGAACAGCAUUAAUUCAUGCAUUAUCAAAUGAAUUAAAAAUGAGCUUUCUUGAACUUUCUACAAUGUGUAAAACAGUUAUAUGUUGUCGUGUAACACCUUUACAAAAAGCACAAAUAGUAGAAUUAAUUAGAAAAAAUGAUAAAGUAAUUACAUUAGCUAUUGGAGAUGGUGCUAAUGAUGUUUCGAUGAUACAAAAAGCACAUAUCGGUAUUGGAAUCAGUGGACAAGAAGGUCGUCAAGCAGUUUUAGCUAGUGAUUAUAGUAUUGGUCAAUUUCGGUUUCUUGAACGAUUGUUAUUUGUUCAUGGCCGUUGGUCUUAUAUACGUAUAUCAAAAUUUUUACGUUAUUUUUUCUACAAAAAUUUCGCAUUUACUUUUUGUCAAUUUUGGUUUGCUUUUUACUGUGGAUUUUCAGCUCAAACAAUAUUUGAUUCAUUCUUUGUUACCCUUUAUAAUAUAUUCUUUACAACUUUUCCUGUUGUAACAUUAGGUGUUCAUGACCAAGAUAUCAGUGCAAGUCAUUCGAUUAGUAGACCUCAUUUAUAUAUCAUUGGUCAAAAAGAUCAGCUUUUUAAUAGAAAAAUCUUUGCUGAAUGUGCUUUACAUGGUCUUAUAACAUCUUGUAUAAUAUUUUUCUUCUCUUAUUUAUGUUUAUUAUCAAAUACCGAAUCAUCUGGUAUACCAUUAAAUGAUACACAAUCAUUUGGUUUUAUGGUAGCAACUAUAUUAGUAAUUGUUGUUAAUUUAGAGAAUGCUCUUGAAAUGUGGUAUUGGUCAGGUAUCUAUAUGUUUAUUUUAUCUGGUACAAUUAUACUUCAUUUUAUCUUUCAUUUCGUUAUAUAUUCAACAUUAUUACGUUUAAAAUUUAAAAUAAACUAUCCUUAUGUUGGUAUUGCACAGGUGGCCAUGACUAAUGUUACUUUUUGGUUUACACUUCUUCUUAUAUGUGUCAUACUUCUAUUACCUAUUAUCGGUCGAGAAUUUUUUCGUAUACGUUUUAUACCAAAUGAAACUGAUAAAGCUCGAUUAAUUCAAAAAUUUUGUAUUCCUCAAAAAAAAGAAACUGUUAUUCCAACUGAUCAAGAACCGCGACAAAGACCACAAUCAGUUCGAUCAACUGGAUCGGGUUAUGCAUUUUCACAACAAAAAGGAUGGGGACCAUUGAUAACAUCUGGUACAUUACGAACAAAAUCAGCAACAAGUUCCCAUACAUAA